CAUCAAAUUUGAAAAUUAAAGUUCCUCCUCUUGUCUUUUCUCCUCUCGUCCCAUCUGUUGUGGAAAAUGACAGGCGGGACGAGUCGGGUAUCUUGUGCUGCAUGCAAGUAUCAAAGACGAAAAUGCACUCCAAAAUGCGUUUUAGCUUCUUAUUUCCCUGCAGAUCAACCCAAAAAGUUUCAGAAUGCGCAUCGCCUUUUUGGUGUACGCAACAUCGUGAGAACGUUGGAGCAAUUGGAUGAUGAAGAUCAAAAGGCAGAUGCCAUGAAAUCCAUAAUUUUUGAAUCUGAUAUGAGGGAAAAGUUCCCUGUCUUUGGUUGUGUGGAGUGUAUUUCUCAUCUUCGUCAACAGUUGCAGAUUGCUUUACUAGAACUUCAAUAUGUAAACGGUCAACUAGAUAUCUAUAAAAGACGACAACAACAUUCUAGUGAAAGUUCUGUUGGAAAUGGGAUGUUGAUGGUUCCAUUUUUCUCUAGUAUUGAAGAUGAAUACUCAAGGAAUCACACAUCCUGAUUUUGACUAAUCAGAGUUAAUUUUGCAACUAGUGUAAGGUGGUUCUUCUUUUUUUUCUUUAGGUUAUUUAUUGUUUCCCUUAGUUAAUGUUUAUGGAUUCUCUAAUUGUUUAAAGUAUUGACUAUGAAACUAUCAUCAAUAAACAUAGAGUCAUUCAAUAUUUUGGUAAUGUUUCUUUUUCUUA